AGGGAGGAAGCACUGAAACAGCGCAAAGAGUUAUCUCAAGAACUGCUUAACCUUCGAGGAGAACUAGUAACCACUUCUGCAGCUUGUGAGAAAUUGGAAAGAGACAGGAAUGAACUGCAAGUUGCUUAUGAAGGGUUUCUGCAGAAGUUAAACGAGCAACAUCACAAUGAUUUGGCUGAGCUGGAGGAGAGGCUUAAGCAGUUUUACACCGCAGAAUGCGAGAAACUCCAAAGUAUAUGCAUUGAAGAAGCUGAAAAGUACAAAGCGCAACUCCAGGAGCAGGUGGACAAUUUAAAUAUCACACAUGAAAACUUUAAGCUGGAACUUGAAAAGAGCCACUCGGAAAAAGUAGAGGAGCUGAAAAAGGAGUAUGAAACCUCUUUCUCAGAGCUCAAGAGUGCUCAUGAAUCUGAAAGGAAGUCGCUUGAAGAUUCCUUUACGGAGAAGCAGGAAUCACUAGAGAAGAAAAUCGAUGAAUUGAAAUGUGAAAAUGACUCUCUGAGUGAGAAGUUGAAAUUAGAAGAGCAAAAACAAGUAGCCAAAGAAAAAGCCAAUCUUAAAAACCCGCAGAUUAUGUACCUGGAACAGGAGCUGGAGAGUCUGAAAGCAGUGCUGGAGAUCAAGAAUGAGAAACUCCACCAGCAGGAUAUAAAGCUAAUGAAGAUGGAGAAGCUGCUGGAGAACAACACAAUCCUAAUGGAUAAAUUAAAGAAAGUUCAGCAAGAAAAUGAAGAAUUAAAAGCUCGGAUGGACAAACACAUGGAGCUUUCAAGGCAACUUUCUACAGAGCAAGCUGUUCUACAGGAGUCGCUAGAGAAAGAAUCAAAAGUGAACAAGCGCCUGUCAAUGGAAAAUGAAGAACUGCUGUGGAAGUUGCACAAUGGUGACCUAUGCAGCCCAAGAAAACUGUCUCCCAGUUCUCCAUCUGUGCCUCUUCAGUCCCCACGGAAUUCUGGUAACUUCUCUAGUCCUACUGUAUCACCAAGAUGACAUCUCUUGAGAGAAAGAGGGGAUUGAAAUUCAUUUGUGAUCUACGGAACCAAUCCUCACUUCAGUCACAGGAACAAGAGCUGUAUUAGCCAAAUAUGGCAACUAAACGUAACUGGAAACUAUUUGGUGCAGAAGUGGUGGUAAGAGACUGAGAAUAUGGGAGUAAGACAUUCAUGUUGCUCUUCCCAAAAGACUUGUUUAUGACCUCUAUGGACAUUGUUGCACAAAGCACUUACAGAGCAAGGAAAGACUUGUUCAUUGCCUUUUCACCUAAUUAUAAGGAAAAGCUCAGGGGCUUAGAGAUAAAGAUCACCACCUUUAUAAUACGUUCCUUAUCACAGACACUUUUUUUAAGGCUGUGUGUAUGCGUGUGUGCGUGCGUGUGCUGUGGGUGGAAUGGAUGUCACACACUGUGCGUGUGUCUAAUGCUGCCUUCUUUGCUGUGUACGUAAUAAAGGAUAAAAGCUGAAGACUA